GCCACCCCAGUUCCCACAGAAUCCGGCGGUACUGCCAGUGGCAGACAGCGACCGCCACCUCUCUCUCCUUCCGCGCCGCAGCACCUCACGUGCCGCGCGGACAGACAGGGGCCGAGCCAAGCCAAGCCAGCGCCCCGCGCCCACGCGACGCCGCGGUCACCAAUGUCGGCGGGGGCGGCGGCGGGUGCGGCCGGACGAACCUUGCUUCCAGCGUCUGUACUGCUGAUGGCUCUGGAGCUGCUGGUGCUCGCGAUGCCGGCGGCGGCGGGCUCCGGGUUCAGGUGCCGCCCGGGCUCCCGGCCGGUGCUGUUCAACUUCGGCGACUCCAACUCGGACACCGGCGGCAUGGCGGCGGCCCGGGGGUGGCACCUCACGCGCCCGGAGGGCCGCGCCUUCUUCCCGCGCCCCACCGGCCGCUUCUGCGACGGCCGCCUCACCAUCGACUUCCUCUGUGAAAGCUUGAACAUCAGCUAUUUGAGCCCAUUUUUGAAGGCGUUGGGUUCCAAUUAUACCAGCGGUGCAAAUUUCGCCAGUGCUGGUGCAGCAACACAACCACGAGAUGUUCCGUUUGCGUUGCACAUACAAGUCCAGGAAUUCUUAUACUUCAGAGAUAGAUCAUUGGAACUCAUCGAUCAAGGUCUGAGUGGUCCAAUUGAUGCACAAGGAUUCCAAAAUGCUCUAUAUAUGAUUGACAUAGGUCAGAAUGAUGUUAACGCUCGUCUGUCCAACUUGCCGUAUGAUCAAGUUGUUGCCAAAUUCCCACCAAUACUUGCUGAGAUUAAGGAUGCUGUUCAGACUCUGUAUAGCAACGGGAGCCGAAACUUUUGGAUACACGGGACGGGUGCUCUCGGUUGCCUGCCUCAGAAGCUUGCCAUACCGAGGAAAAAUGACAGCGAUCUUGAUCAGUAUGGCUGUCUCAAGACCUACAACAGAGCUGCAGUUGCAUUCAACGCAGCGCUGAGCAGCCUCUGCGAUCAGCUUAGUGCGCAGAUGAAAGAUGCGACGAUAGUGUACACCGAUCUAUUCCCCAUCAAGUAUGAUCUGGUUGCCAACCACACUAAAUAUGGCUUCGACAAGCCGCUGAUGACAUGCUGUGGGUACGGAGGGCCUCCCUACAACUACGAUUUCAACAAGGGCUGCCAGUCUAAGGAUGUGAUGGCCUACGACGACGGCUCUAAGUUUGUCAGCUGGGACGGCGUGUACCUCACGGAGGCAGCCAAUGCUGUCGUGGCCAAAGCCAUACUGAGUUCUCAGUACUCCAAACCCAGCCUCAAGUUCGAUCAGUUCUGCAGGGUCUGAUACUUUGUUCAUAUCUGAUACUGUACUAGUUUAGGCAAAUUGCAUGGAGACAGCUGGCAAUGGCAUGUCAAAGUCUAAAAGUCCGGAGAUGGUUGAAAGAAAUUGAUUACCUGGUUUAUUUACAGGGAGAGUGAAAUCAGUGCAAAUAUUAAUUUGUUGUCCCACCACAAAAUGCCACCUGAAAUGAGUUGCCUGUUUGAUGAAUGUGAAGGUGAACUGUCAACUAGAAGGGGUGUGUCUUGUUUGCCUGAGAAAUCGCAGGAGAGGUUGAAAUGUUGCUGGGCCGAAUGCCCCUUUGAAACUUUGAUAAACAUUUAUACGAUUUGAGUUCAUACUUAGGUCACCUUUUGUCCAGGGGUUGUAACCAUAAUUCUGGAUGAUGCUCUAGGAGGGUUGAAACGAAAGCAGUUUCGCCCUGUGUUUCUGUGUCAAAUAAUUCGCCUUGUUCGUAGUUGACAUUAUUUUCUUGUCCC